CCUGCGAGGGCGCUAUUGGGUUGCCAUGAAAAUGUGGGAUCGCAAAGAACGAUAACUUCCACAAACGACAUGUUCUGCUACGUAUUGGUGGCAGUGCUGUCGGCGUCCUUUGCAGUGCUUUUCUUUCCUCGCCAGUCGUCGUUAUAUUCAAGAAGUAAAUCAACGCAGGGGCCACCGACGCGACUCCUGAGCAGCCAAGAAUUGUCGUCGUACGACGGCGAAGAAGGCAGCAAGGGCAUUUACCUGGCAAUAUUAGGCCAGGUGUAUGACGUACACAACGGUCUCAAGCAUUAUGGGCCUGGUGGGGCAUAUCACUUUGUGGCAGGAAAAGAUGCAUCACUGGCCUUCGUCACGGGAGAUUUUACAGAAAGCGGCUUGACAGAUGAUGUGUCCGCUUUGUCCCCAUUGCAGGCGGUAGCCCUGUUCGACUGGCUACUCUUUUAUCAGAGGACCUAUCAACCUGUAGGUUUGGUCAUAGGACGGUUCUAUUCUGAAAGCGGAAAGCCCACAGAGUUUCUAUUGCAGAUGGAGUCACUGCUUGCAAAGGGCCAGCAACUCAAAGCCAAGACACAGGCGGAGAUGCUUCACUUUCCUGCCUGCAACUCUGAGUGGAGCUCUGCAAGGGGAGGGAGGGUCUGGUGCUCCACCGAGAGUGGUGGAGUUGAAAGAAGCUGGGCAGGUGUCCCCCGAAAAUUAUUCUCUCUACGUGAUAGUGGGUCCCGUUGCGUCUGCGUGGAAGAUCCAUCUGCAGCAAAGGCAAACCCCAACCUGCAAGAAUAUGAUGGCUGCUCGACGCAAGCGGUCACUUGCUCUUUAGUAGAAUAAUCUCAUUGACAGUGCAAGAUAACUGGGAAACACUGGCGCUCCCUGCCAAGGGGCUUGUGUCACAAAUAAAUACAAUGAGGGUGGUGGUGGUGGGGGGGGGAUAUUGUUUGUUUUAAAUGACCUUUAUGCAAAGUUGUUCUUCCUUUCUCUAAAAGGAUACACUCAGAAGAGAUGGGGUAGAUAUCUGAGCAUACAGAUAUACAAUGUGCAUAAAAGAUUUUACAAUGUGCAUAAAAGAUUAACAGAGGCAAGAUUUAAGUCUGUCACAAUGACAAUCACAAACUGCAUUAAGUACAAAAAUGCUAGCAGUGGUCAAAAAUAUCACACUUAUCUGUACAAUUUAACAAUACUUAAGAGGCAACACUAAUCGGCCAUCCCCAUCAUUCUCAUUCCCCCAAACCAUCGGCCAUGUCACAUGAUCUUUGUAAAGUGCACCUGUUAGGCUUGUAAAAAAAAAAAAAAAAAAAAAAAGUGGUAAAUGUGUCAGGUCAAGACAACUUGAGGCAUCAUCGUGGGGACGGUCAUCACAACAGACAAGGACCACAUGGCCAAGUCAAAACUGGAAUGUACUCAUAUUCUGACUGAUUAUUAAAAAAAAAAAAAGCAUGAUCCUGAAAUGCUACAAAUUAUAUAACAUGCAGAGGCAUACAAGGUUGCUUGUCAUACUAAUAACAUAUCAAUGGUUCAAACAUCCCUUUCACCAAUGAUUUCAUAUUUCUGGCCACUUGUGCCAUUUUUUUCACCACACAAGUGAAACUGAAAUGUUCAUGUUAUGCUUCAGUCUAACAAUGUGUAUUUGAUUUAAUAAUGUAUCCAGGGAAUACAAUACACGGUCACAAAAGAAAAGCGUUAAAUUCAUCUUGUGAUUCUGAUUUUGUUUGAUAAGGGGACACUGGUUUUGAUGGCGUGAGUGUAUGAAUGUUGCAUCAAACAUUUGUCUCUGGGCAGGUGAUGUAGCAUAAGCUGCACAGCAUUUGGCUAAUUAAGAUGUUUAUCAUUGAAUUGCAACAGCCGUAAGAAGCAACUAUGUUUUUGAAAAUUAGCUAAUCAUUGAGCUUAAGAAGUUACCUCAGUCGAGCAGUCGCUAAACUGCUUUUUAUUCAUUUGUAUUUAUUUGACACUUUGCACGACAAAAUGAAUAAAUGUCCCGCUAAAACAUGAAUGCUUUUUCACAAGGCUGGAGUAGUACAAAGACAGUGGUCCAGAAUUGACCAAACUACUCUCGUUAGUAUGUCCUGCUACCGAUGUCCCUUGUGAUGGACCCAUUAACUGCUAAGUUGGGCCCCGCGGGGCCUGUCCAGCAUUAGCAGGUGGGGGAUAUCCAGGCUACUGCAUUAUGACACGCCACCGAGAGUUAGUACGUCAAAGCAGAUGUCACACACCCUCACUGGCUUGUUCAAGUCAAACUUGAUGAUGGGUAUCUCCUUUAUAGAGCACUUGUGGCACAAGAGGCGUCCACAGUGACGGCUGUAGAGAAAAGGAUUCAUAAGGAAGUAUGGCGCACACUGACAACAAAACAAUGAAGCCAAAAAUAUUAUUGCAGAAAGGUCAUGGUACUAACCAGUGAUGUUUCCUUGUUGUAACUCCAAACUUGGCAACACAUUCAUAGCAAUUGGACCCGUCACACCAAGGCGGCUCUUUGGACAGCAUAUCUAAAAAUAUUCAUAAUAAUAAUAAUAAGCAAUGUACCAAGGUGUGUCUAUGUAUGUAUGUAUACAUACUGUACAGAGACAGCAUGAACAAUCUGAUGGUGCACUUCCAAAAGUUUAAAGACAAAUUAUAUGGCAACUCAACAUUAGCGACGCAAGAAUCUGUUGUCACACGGCUCGCCAUUUUUCCAUUUGAUUGUUGUAUAUUUAUGGCCCACAAGUAUUUUUCACACAAAUAUUUUCUGAAAUUACUGCGUUUGCGUAGCUCUAGACCAGGCAUACACUGGACAGUCUUUAAGUGACAGUGACAGUUUGUAUGCCUUAAAGAAUAAAAGGCUCUUUUGUUGGUUUUAAGCACCUUCUGUUACAUGUGCUGCUUCGGAACACUACAGAA